CGCGAUAAACGACAGGCCGACGAUGGUGUGACGGAGGAAAUCGGAGAAUUAACAACUGCUAGUGCUGGUGGAGAAACUGUUAUUCUGGAAGCCACAUCAAUCUCGUCAGUAACAGAUAUCGUGGAAGCCACAUCAAUCUUGCCAGCAACAGAUAUCGUGGAGGCCACGUCAAUUUUGUCAGCCACAGAAGUCGUGGGAGUUACAACAAUUCUGGAAAUAACCGCUGAAACAACUGUCGAAGAAACUACUGUUGCUGAAACAACAGUUCAAGAGACAACUGUUGCCGAGACGACAGUUCAAGAGACAACUGUUGCCGAGACGACAGUUGAAGAGACUACUGCUGCAGCAACCACUAUACUUCUCGAAGAAACCACUGCUGUUGCAACCACAUUGGGAGAAUCUGAGACUACUGAACUAAGCACAACAACAGAAGGUGAAAUCAGCUCGGCUACAGAGAAGCCUUAUGUAGAUGAGCCUGUGCUACCCAAUGGAAACUAUGUGGAUGAACCUUACGUUCCUAAAUACGGAAAGAGCAAGCCCGCUAAAAGCUACAGCGACGGAGGCGAUGGAGGUAGGAUUUCACAAAGCGGCUAUUCAGGAAAUAUCAAGGUUGUGCCUUCUGGAUACAGAAGAAGACGAGCAAACGAGUAUGGAGAUGAAGCAGUAACUCCACCACCUACAGACGGCAAUUAUGCUCCUCAAGAAGAACAAACACCUGAGCCUGCAAAUCAAGGCUACGGAACUCCUCCACCAACUCCAGGUGGUGGGUCGUACGGGGAAGAAACACCAGCACCAGUCGACCAAGGAUAUUACGGUAGUGAAGCGCCACCUGUCGAACCAGCCGGAUAUAGAAAGAAGAGAGCUAAUGAGUACGGGGAUGAAAGCAUCACUCCUCCCCCUCCUCCUCCUCCAGGUGGUGAUUAUGGAGCUCCUCCACCAACUCCAGGUGGUGGGUCGUACGGGGAAGAAACACCAGCACCAGUCGACCAAGGAUAUUACGGUAGUGAAGCGCCACCUGUCGAACCAGCCGGAUAUAGAAAGAAGAGAGCUAAUGAGUACGGGGAUGAAAGCAUCACUCCUCCCCCUCCUCCUCCUCCACCAGGUGGUGAUUAUGGAGCUCCUCCACCAACUCCAGGUGGUGGGUCGUACGGGGAAGAAACACCAGCACCAGUCGACCAAGGAUAUUACGGUAGUGACGCGCCACCUGUCGAACCAGCUGGAUACAGAAGGAAGAGAGCCAAUGAAUACGGAGAUGAAAGCAUCACUCCUCCACCAUAUCCACCAGCUAUCAAUCCGGGUGGGCCUCGUUUGCCUCCUGGUGGCGGUGACGAUUCAUACGGAGCUCCUCCUACCCCGGGAGGUGAUCCAUACGGAAGCGUUGGUGAGGAAACGCCAGUACCCGUUGACCAAGGAUAUCCAAUCAGCGACUCACCUCCUGUUGAACCUGCAGGUUACUGA